UAUGCAUCCGUGGAACAAGGCUCACUCCAAAGAAGAAAAGGAAUAAAACUAGCAUAUCACAAUCGCAUUCACGAAUAUGGCACCGAUAAAUGAUGAACACAAGGAUCUGGCUUUGGUACCAGAAUCCGUCCUUAAGAAGCGACACGAUCUCGACGAUCUUCGACGAAAGAGGGCGGCCCAGGAAGAGAAGAAAGUUUCGAAACGAAAGGGUUCCUACGUGAGGAAGCCAGCAACGUUUCUAGCAAAAGCUAAGCAAAGAAGGAACGAGCAGAUUCGUUAUCGCCGUGUAAAAAAAAAAGGAAUGCAAAAAAAGGCCUCGAAGAAAACAGAAAUCAAAACAAAGGAAAUAACAGUUGCGGGUAACGAAAGUGAUUCCGAAAGCGAAGAACAGGCACAUAUUAUCCAAUACAAGGCAAACUCCGUUGGAAGUCCGUAUGUUUUCGUUAUUCGCAUCCGAGAAGAUGCCGGCCACCCUCCGAGGUGCGUCUUAAAUAUUUUACACCAGCUGCGCCUGAAAGAUCCCAACACGGGAGUGUUCGUUCGUUACGAUGAAGUAACCAAGAGACAUUUACAUCUGGUUGAACCCUGGGUUGUUUAUGGCAAGCCAUCCGAUGGCCUUGUGGGAGAUUUGAUGGAACGUAAAUCGUUUGGAACCGUCAAGGGCGAAAAGGUUCCUCUCUCCGACAAUACGAUCAUUGAAAAUGCACUUGGCAACGAACACGGAAUGAUAUGUAUGGAAGAUUUAGUACAUGAAUUAACGACUGUCGGCAAAUCAUUUGAGGCUGUUGCUACUUUCCUGCGGCCAUUCCCUCUUUCGGCAACCCGAAGCAAGUUUGAAAAGAAUCUUUUGUCUCUGAAACAAGGAAAAGAUUAUGGUGACAGGGGGGAAGAGAUUGACGAGUUCAUCAAACAAAUGUUAUAGAAUGCUAUACAUUGGCACGACAUUAGAGAACAAGUGUAGAAUAAUUGGAAUAUAUAAUU